AUAAAGUAUAUGACAUAAAAAAUCGACGUUUGCGAAUAUUGGACUUUAAUUUACGUUAACAACUCAACAAUUAUGUUGUUAUUAUAGAAAAAAUAUAAAACGAUUGUAAAAUAUGUUUACAACCAAAAAAAUAAAAAAAUUCAAAUGUGUUAUCUCUUGGCUCCUAUUACCGCUCAUGCAUCCAUUCACCGCUCACUGGAUUAUUUUUUCAUGGGAUCACAAAAACUAUUCAUUUAUAUAUAAAACAAAAUAACUCUUAUUUACCAAAGUAUUGAUGAUUCAUGACGUUCAGUUCAUCCUGUUUUGUCAAAAUGGAAUCUUUAACGGGUUUUAUUUGUUGGAUGUUUCUUCCGCUGUUUGCCCUGAACAGUUCCCAUGUUGUCCUGCAGCGCAAUGUGAGAAAUAUUUUUAGAGGACGUGAUUUCAGGUACACCCAUAUAAAAACUUGGUGAAAUGAAAGUUUUUUUAAUGUGGCAGCAUGUUACAUUCACUUUUGUUACGAUACUUUACUAACAUUUGAUCAUUUUUGUAUGAUUGGCCCAAAAUGAGCGGUGAAUGGCGACCGCACGGUAGUCAGUAAUUUACAAUCGAGAAGGGAAUAUUUUAAACAGUUUUCAUUUUUACUUGGAAUUAUUCGUAAGGCCUCGAAUAUACGGGAUCAAAUAUGACAAGGAAUGAACUAAAAAGUACCAUCUCUGUGACACUUAUGAAAAAUCGAUCGAGUCAAACCCUGUGUAUUAGCAGCUUAACGGUUCUUUUUAGGAAUGACUGACGGUCUAUCUCAUGGAAUGCAUAGAUGAUCAUUUUCAAUGACAGCUCUCCAAGCUCUCAGUCCUUAACUUUGGUGGAAGUGCUCAUAAAUCUAAGCUGAAAGCAGGCAGAAGAAAACUCUCCAGGAAAGGGGUAAAAAUAUAAGAAAAUGGCACAUUUUCUAAAAAAAAUCCAUCUUUAUGACGUAAAUGUUCGUUUUAACUGUCUAAUCUACUGAAAAUAAAGAUAAAAUUGUCUCUUAUUCACUGAAGAGUUACCGGGGCCAAACUGCCUGGGUGGCCCCCAUCUUGCUCCACCGCAUAUCCCACUACUAUUCACCUAGCUUAAAAGAUUUGCCAAAGUGGUGCACCAUCCAAACUCUGUUCUAUUGGCUAACAAGCUUCUGAAUAACCGCUUCACCCUUCAUGUUUUGUCCUCACGCCAUUAACUGAAAACCAGCGAACUCUUAUCGCCUCGUUAUGAAUCACCCCCUAUAUUUUCUUCCAGCCCAAAAAACCCUCGGAACCAAUCUACGCCGAACCGACCAAGAUCACCGUCCAGCGUGACAAAUCACCGGCCCCGGAAAGUCACAGCGGAGGCGGCUCCGGCAGCAACGAUGACACCGAAGACACCGUCGAGUUCCGGUCGAAGUUAGGCAGCAUGGGCGACCCACCGGAGCACACCAAAUCCACCAUGAUCCUCAACCGACGGAGCGAUACGCUUCCGUCGGCGAAGGCUUCCUCCGGUGAGCAACCGCAACGGUUGAGUGACUCGCUGGCCGGGAUGAAUCAGAACGUGGACGAAAAUGGUGAACCGCGGCCGAUGCGAAAGUUCCACUCGAAGAGUUUCAGCCUGUCGGAGAACAAGCUUAGUCUGUCGGUUGCGGGCGGGGGCGGUGGAGGAGGUAGUUCCGGGGGUAAUGUGUUCCAGCACAAUCGGGAUCUGUGGCAGAAGCGGGCGACGCAGAGUUCGUACCAGAACUUGACCACCUCGCGGAUACUGAGCAGGAACCGGAUUGCGCCGGAUUUGGUGAUGGAUUUGCCGCCGGCCGCGAUUGGGAAGGACGGUGUCAGCAGUGCUUCCAGAGAAUCGCUGGACAGUGAACUGGAGGACAUGACGUCGGCGGAACGAUUCGCCGCCCAGAACCAGUGCACGUUGAAGAAGAACGAACGGUUUUUGACGGAACCGGUUGUGUACGAGAACACCACCGGCAAGAAGGAGGUCAAGCUGGACGUCAAGGGUACGGUGGACAAACCGAAGGCGGAGGUUAAACCUCAGGAGAGCAGUAUUAAAACGCCGACAUCGACGACGGACAUUCCGAAGAUCGUCGAAGAGAGUGGCGAGGUCAAGGAGGUAAGUAUAGGUCCAUCGGAUGAGGUGCUUCACAUUGAGGAGUCUUCCAGUACGGGUGGUGGUGGUGCUGGUGGCGAAACGCUUCAAGCUUCCACUCCGGUGGUGGGUAAAGAACUCGCCAAGAGUCCCAUUCCGGCCAGAAAUACCCAGAAGUUCGUGUCGCAGUUUGCGGACUUGCACCUAACCGGUGGUUGUCUGGUGAAGUCGUCAGAGUGCACUUCCGGGGCGGCAGCGACAUCGUUGGCUCAGGAACAGCAGGCGAAGAAUCUCAGUUCCUUCAAACCGCAGGUGAAGGUUAAGCCGCAGAUUCUGAAGAAACCCCAGGUGCUUCCGCCGCAUACGCCUGAGAUGGGCCGGAGGGCACAAGAAUAGGGACGGCUUAUGGGGCUGGGGUCCCGGUCCAAAACACUCAAUCUCUAAGUGAUAUACCAAAUAAUAGUUGCAUGUGUUAGGAAGUAUAGUAGAGUAGAACGUAGAAGAGGAAGAAGCCAGAGAGUGUGAUGAUUGCGGAUGAUUGCGUGCGCGCACGGGAAUUGGGAAACACAGGGUCCGUCCCAGAGAAUGGGGAGAGUUGGGGGAAGAAUCGCUAUUGGGCAUUGAAAUAAAAUAUUAAAACAGGGACGAUAAGAAACCUAAAAGUCAUGAACCCUUUUUAGAACGGCUUUUGGCUCGCAUUUUAAGGCUUUCGAUGGAUGGUAACGCGUAGAAAUGUAGCGAAGCAUGGGGGAAAACACCAAUAUUUGCAUAAACAAUAAAAAAAUUACUAUAAUAAUAUUUAAGACUGGAUUGGUACAAUAUACAAAUCGAAAUGAAGUAAAUUAGAUGUGAAAAAUAAAACGAAAAACACAAGUCAGAAAUUAUAGCACAGACGCAGUAGGCGGUGUGGGCUUAUCCCCUCGAAUCAAAGAAAUCGAAUUUCUAAGUCAGUAGAGGUACGAUUUUUGUUCGUUUUUAAGUGUAAACAAGUAUAGAUUGUGGUUAUUUCAAAUAAGUUUUAUUCAAAAACCCAGUACUCGAACAUCACACGAGAGUUAUUGAGAACCUACAAUUUAGUAAAAGUAUGAAACUUCAGGAUCUGAUCUUAGCAUUAGUUGGAAUAAUUAUACUUCCUUAUCAUUCGAAUCCUUAGCCAUAAUGAACAUCGAAUUUCUAGGUUAGGUUAUUUUUUUUCGGCAAGUUUUAGCAUUUUAUUAUCGAACAAAUAUUUUAUUCCAAAAUAAAUAAUAAAUAAUCAUAAAACUCUUUUUAGUUAAAUUGAUUUUAAACGUGGUUCAUCCGCAGUACCCGCCAAUAUUUUUGAAACAGGUUUUUAUUUCAAUCCAAUUUCG